ACGCGCACACCGUACUACACUCGGCGGCAGAAAAACUCGCAUCUGCCGCCAACACCCGGUGAACGGGCGAGCCGAUGCAUCGCCGACCAUGUUGUCGUCUGCCUAUUGACACAAGCGGACGCGCCACUUCUGGGUCUUGCUGCUUUCGUGAUGCCGCUGCGAGCAAGUCACUUUCAUCACGCUCAACUGCGUCCGAUAGUGUUGCUUGGAAAUCAGGACUAUUUGGAGCGCGAGUGGCCCAGUCUGGCCAACUUUCCCGACAUUUACGUGGUGCCCGGAAGUCCAUUGAAGCGAGCCGAUUUGUACUCGGCCCGAUUGAGGCAUUGUGCCAUCUGCGUGGUGAUCGGAUCGCGAGGCAUAUACGCAGCCUCGGACGACCACUUCAUGCUGGACAAAGAAGUCAUCCUCUGCUCGUUGAAUAUUCGCGCCAUGAAAUUCCCCGACUCCGGCGUCCCGGCCGCCAGCUCCAGAUGGCAGCAGCCGAUGCACCGCAGCGGCGCCGACAUCCCCUUGAUCACGGAACUGAUGAUCGACGCCAACAUCCACUACCUGGAUCCCGACGACAACGACGACAACGCCUCGGAAAUGGCCAUCUACCUGACGCCGCCGUUUGCUCGUGGAAUCGCCUUCACCGGCUCCGUGCUGGACGCUCUCGUCAGCACCGCCUAUUUCGACCGGAACGCCAUGACCGUCAUCCGCCACCUCGUCACGGGCGGAGUGACUCCCGCGCUCGAACAGUUUCUGGCCGAAGGCGGCGCCCUCGACGGCGAAUUGGAGCUGGCCGGCGCCGAGCUGCGAACUCGCCAGACGCCGAUGGAGUCGCCGGAAAGACCAUCGACGACGGCGACGGCGAUGGCGACGGCAAGUCGCAAGACGACCCGUGACAGCGAGCCCAUCCUGACGGAGGUGUCGGGCGACCCGAUUCUGACGCAGGCUCGCCAGCGGCCGCGAGUCGACCAACUCGCCCUGACCGACGUGCGUCUGGGCGGACCCGAGGCGAGGGACAGACCGGGCACCUUCGGCGAGCUCUUCUGCAAAGCGGUCUGCGAACGUGGCAUCCUCUGCCUGGGCGUGUACCGCCUGAACCCGACGGGCCUUUUGGAACACGCCCAUCUGGAGGCGGUCUGGCAAAACGAGCUACAGACCAACGCGUCGGCCGCCGGCGCCAUGGCGACCGGUAAUGUGAGAGCGUCGGAGUCGAGUGAGCGGUUGACGGGCACUCCUCAGACCCGCCGACUCAGCACCUUCGCCACGCCAAUCGAGGUGCGCAUCUUCGAGCGCUCUCGUCUGCGUCGGCAGCAGACGGCAGAUGCGGCUGGAUCCUUCAACCUGCCAGACGGAUCCAGCCUCUCCGAGGUCUGUCGGGCGGCCUCGAUCGUGCCCACGGACUCGAUCGAGGCAUCACCACUGCCCGUCUGGAGGGAGAGACUAAAGCGUCUCGAACUGGCCGGCACCGAGUUCCCAUUGUCGGUGGUUAAUCGUUACGUGAUCACCAAUCCGCCGGUAGAUUUUGCUCUGUUCCCCUCAGAUCUGGUCUUCUGCCUAUGCCCCUUCAUACAAGUGCACAAAGACUUUUUCACCCCACCCAUCGAUUCAUAG